UGUGCGAGUAUUCGGAGUCUGUAUCCACAUUUUUACUGAACCAAGAGAAUUUAUCUAUCUGUUUUUAAAUACCAUUUUUCUCAAUGUGCAAGGAGCGUGGCCUGUUACGUGGAAUAUGUUGUGGAACGUACAACAAUCGCGAGCUUUACACGAAUGCUGUUAGUUAGCGUUCCAGUUUAGCAAAUAAAAUCGGUCAUUCUACAUGAACUUUUGCUUCCCGCUUUACGACGUCAAUGGAUUCUGUUACCUCUAAAAUGUCGUUUUCCCGUUCCUUGUCUCCUGUUUUAGAUGUUCUAAACAGUUCGGACGUGUUGCUCAGAGGAGCGGACGGCCAGUCCAAACCAAACGAGUGGAUUCCCUGCCACCGUGCCAUUCUGGCGGCUCGAAGUACCUACUUCCGCUCCAUGUUUGCUUCGCAGAUGAAAGAAUCGCAUGAAGAACAAAUCCAGCUCAAGGAUAUCCCUCAUGAAAUUUUAGAGCGAAUUGUUCAGUAUAUGUACACUACGCAAAUCUCUUUGGACGCCAACAAUGUCCUGUUACUGCUGGAAUCGGCAUUAUUCCUCGAUGUGACCGAGAUCGUCAGCGCGUGUACGGAAUUUUUGCACCGCAACAUAAGCAUCGAAAACUGGUUGCCCGUACAACACACGGCGGAAUUCCUCUCCUGCAGCGAUUUAAUUAAAAUCUGCGACGAAUUUCUGGUCAAGAAUUUUUCAGCUGUUUUAAACUGCGACGAUUUUCUAGAGAUUAGCGAAUCAAAGAUGAGGGAACUGAUUGCGCUGGACGAUUUGUACGUGAAGAGUGAGGACGAAGUGGCGGAUGCCGUCAUUCGCUGGCUGAACAAGGAUCCAGCUCGAAUGCGCAGCAUCGGCGAAAUUCUACCCCUUGUUCGAGCGCCGUUUUUAAGUGCUGAAAAAUUCCAGUUAGUUCGCAACAUCUGUAUGAAUCCAGAAAGAGCCUGUGUGGAAGAUUUUCGGAAGGUUACGGACGGGAUAAUCCACCGCACGCCAUAUCAACACCGCGAAUCGUACAAGCCGAUCCUGGUUGCUGUUGGCGGUGAUCACCGGCUAAAGUGUGUCUACCGCUUUGAUCCGACUACCAAGAAAUGGAUUCCGGUGCGACUUCUGCCUCAGUCGCCCAAAAACACAUGCGGCGAUUUACCAAUUGUCGUCACUUCGAGCGGUCGUACACGGAUACACGAUUUGAUAUACGACGAAGCUAUCGCACGCAGCUGUGUGUGGCGGUACGAUUCCGAUACGGACCAAUGGGAACGCUUGACCCCGCUGCCCGUGGGGCGGUGCGAAGGUCCGCUAGUGGGCAAUGAGAAGGUGUAUGUCCUUGUUAGCGGCGACCCAUCGCAGUGCUUCAUGUGCUAUAAUGAAACUUCCAAAGAAUGGGAGACAGUGGCCGCUGUGCCUGGGAAGGUGCUACUGUCAUCCGCGCUGACAGUUGACUAUAACGGGUGUAUAUUCAAGUUUGGCGGGCACGACGUGUCUUAUAAGGUUGACAAAAAAGGUCGUCUCUCGGGCGCUGCUUAUUGUUUCAAUCCACGCGACAAGACGGUCAAAGUGUUGAGAAAAAUGCCGACGAAACGCUACAAAUGCAGUGUCGGCGUUGGUCCCGAUGGGCUGAUAUAUGUUGCUGGUGGCAUAAGUAGAAACCGUAAGCAUAAAUCUGAUGAAUUCCUUGUCGACUAUUUUGAGGUCUACGACCCGAAAACCAACCAAUGGCAGAGAAAGCAUGCAGAGAAAUGGGGUGUAACGUCUGACAGUGCGCGGUUGUUUACAUUGAACGGAAACUCCAUCUGCUGCCGGCUGCCACCUAUCCAAUGGUUUACUAUGAUGCAGCUCAGGACAAAUGGACUGAAGCUGGAGGCGUGACCCCUGCAUUAGGUCAAUGUUAUGGCUGUGCGCUGAUUCCACAACAUAUCAUCCGGAAAUGGAUGCAACAACCCGGCUCGUGUGUGGGGUUAGAAUGUGCCGGUACUCGCGCAUUGCAGGCACAGAUGUAUCUCGAUAGCUAUUUGUACGAUCUCAUACGUACUAAGUCCAAUGAUUUCGACUUCCAGCCCAUAUACCCACAGAUGUCUUCCUGCUUUUUGUACGGUCAAAA